GUGAGAGCAGGCUGUAGCAGGGCUGAUGUAAAGUUGUCUGUACCCGGUUAGCAGUGAAUACCUGUCGUCAGCUUUGGAGGUUAAAUUCCAUAUUCUUUAAAUAUAAAACUAGCGCGUUUUAGCGGGCUGCUGCUGCUGUAACAAAGCCGAAAUGGCGACGGAGAUAACGAAAGGUGUGGAACAGAUCUCAGUAGGUGAGCUGUAUGUGUCAGAUAAAUGUGGCAGCGACCAAGACGGAGAUGGCACGGAGCAGAAACCCUUCAAAACUCCUCUCAAGGCUCUGUUGUUUGCUGGAAAGGAGCCGUUCCCCACCAUCUUUGUGGAGUCCCAGAAAGAGGGAGAGCGCUGGGCGGUGAUCUCUAAGACACAGAUGAAGAACGCAAAGAAGGCUUUUAACCGCGAGCAGAUAAAGAACGAUGCCAAAGAAAAGAAGGAGGCCGAGGACAACGAGAGGAGAGAGAAGAACCUGGAGGAAGCCAAGAAGAUCGUCAUUAAGAACGAUCCCAGCCUGCCUGAGGCUGAAGCAGUUAAAAUCCAUCGUCUCCAAGAAAAGAGAGGCCAGAGGGUCAAAGUGUUUGGAUGGGUUCACCGCCUCAGGAGGCAGGGGAAGAACCUGAUGUUCCUUGUGCUGAGAGAUGGCACCGGUUUCCUCCAGUGUGUCCUCUCCGAUCAGCUGUGCCAGUGCUACAACGGCUUGGUUUUGUCCACAGAGAGCACGGUGGCUAUUUAUGGGACCGUCACUGCAGUUCCUGAGGGAAAGCAGGCGCCCGGAGGCCACGAGCUGCACGGCGACUACUGGGAGCUGGUUGGCUUAGCUCCGGCGGGCGGGGCCGACAACCUACUGAACGAGGAGUCAGACGUGGACGUCCAGCUGAACAACCGACACAUGCUGAUCAGAGGAGAGAACGUCUCCAAGAUCCUCCGAGUCCGAUCCACAGUCACACAGUGCUUCAGGGACCACUUCUUCAGCCGUGGAUACUACGAGAUCACUCCUCCGACUCUGGUACAGACUCAGGUGGAGGGCGGCUCCACGCUCUUUAACCUCAACUACUUUGGCGAGCAGGCGUACCUGACGCAGUCCUCUCAGCUCUACCUGGAGACCUGCAUACCUGCCCUGGGCGACACCUUCUGUAUCGCCCAGUCGUAUCGGGCCGAGCAGUCUCGCACUCGCAGACAUCUUUCUGAAUACACUCACAUCGAGGCGGAGUGUCCUUUCAUUUCAUUCGAGGACCUGCUGAACAGACUUGAGGACCUGGUGUGUGACGUGGUGGACCGAGUGCUCAAAUCUCCCGCCGCAGAGCUGCUCUACGACAUCAACCCUAACUUCAAACCCCCGAAGAGGCCGUUCAAGAGGAUGAACUACAGCGAAGCCAUCGAGUGGCUCAGAGAGCAUGAUGUCAAGAAGGACGACGGCACCUACUACGAGUUCGGAGAGGACAUUCCCGAGGCUCCAGAGAGGCUGAUGACCGACACCAUCAACGAGACCAUCCUGCUCUGUCGUUUCCCAGCCGAGAUCAAAUCUUUCUACAUGCAGCGCUGCACCGAGGACAAACGCCUCACCGAGUCGGUCGACGUGUUGAUGCCAAACGUUGGUGAGAUCGUGGGAGGGUCAAUGCGUAUCUGGGACGCUGAAGAGCUGCUGGAGGGAUACAAGAGGGAGGGAAUCGACCCGACUCCAUACUACUGGUACACAGACCAGAGGAAGUAUGGCACGUGUCCUCACGGCGGUUAUGGUCUGGGUCUGGAGCGUUUCCUCACCUGGCUGCUGAACAGACACCACAUCAGAGACGUCUGCCUGUACCCGCGAUUCAUCCAGCGCUGCCGACCCUGAGCGCUCACACGCCAAAACACACACACACACACACACACACGCAGUCAGUACACCCGCAUGUGGCAGCGCACAUUAAAUGAAACAGAAUCCAUAGUUUGCCCGUGUAGCUUUCAUUUCUGAAAUCUGAAGAGUUUAAAACUUCAUCAUGCAACUCCUCAGAAACAAAGUCGGACGCCAGCUGUGCUUCACCUCUAACCUUCACAGCUUCCUCCUGUGACUUCAAAAGUGCAUCUGAUCAUGUUCAGUGUCUGAUUAUUAAACCAGAAAUAAACAGUUGUUUCCUGUAAGUAUCUGCUUCUGAAUGUUGCAAAAUAUUAGCUCAGUCCACCUUAAAUUCUUUGUUUUUCUUCAGGAAAUUUGGCUUUAAACAUUGAACUUGCAGCCACGACAUUUACUAAAAUAAGUCAGCCUUAAGAAUAUUUCAGGUGCUCCUGAACAGAAAGCUGAAAAAUAUGAAUCAAAGAAUAAAACAAAUCCACUUUAUUUCUGAGACUCUUCGGUGCAUCCUCCUGAAGUCUGGACUCAGGAGAAAUUCACAGCCUCAGCAUUGCUUCCCCUGCACAUGGUCCUGGGAACAUUUUCUCAAAACUGUUCGUCAUUGGUGGUUUAGAAGUGUGACAUACUGUACGUGUUGGCCUCAGGGGGUAUUAUUGUGUUUCUGUUCUGCCUCUUCAUCUGAAAUAAAUAAACUCUUACUCGAUCAACUGAACUUAAAUAAAAAUAUGAUUCAGACGUG